UCAUUACGAUGCACGCGCUGGCCCAGGUCGCACGCACAUUGUGUUCAACGCACCGCUUGUCGUGAAGCAGCAAAACCGUUACGACGAUCGUUCAAAGUGUAACGCAGCCCCGGUAGGAGGAGGGAGGGUUGUUCAAACCCAGGAGACAGAGAGACAGAGCAGAACGACGAGCGUCUGUUGUGUUUGUUUGUGUGUCUGAAUUUCGGACGAUUUAUCACGGUGAGUGUCACACGAGACACACACGAAGCGGGAAAGAAAAUAAGAGCCAAAAUAGUGUUGUGUGAAAAGUGUUGUGAGCGGGACACGCGCUCGUUAACAAGCCCGGUUAAAACCACGACGGUUGGGUGUGUCGUGUGCCUGUGUGUGUUAGUUUGACCCGUACAAAGUUCGUGAGUGUGUUGUGAUUCACGCGUGCUGCAUUUUUCUAACCUCGAUUUGGUUUAAAUCAAACGCCGAGGAGAAGACACGACCGCCACCCGGGCGCAGAGAAGCUACAACACACAACCUCCCCGCGGGUGUCGGUUUGUCGGUGGGUUUUGCUUUCGUUGCGUCGCUGCUGGCUGGUGGCCCCACACGACCAGCAACCCUCGGUCGUUCGGUUCGGUUGAUUUUGGAUGUUAUGUGAUCGAUGAAAUUCGCGCGAUCGCAGCCUCCAAACGGUCGUCUUUGUCGCCGUCGUCGCCGUCUCUAGUGCGCCAGCAGUAAGCGCCCAGCCGCGGCCGAAAAAGGAAAGAAGGAAUCGGCGAAACAGCCACGAAUAAAACGAGCCCAUUGCUGCUGCCUGGUGGUGGUGCGGUAUUGCCGCCGCCCGGUGGUCCAAAAAUUGCAGUCCCGUGUGCGCCGCCGCCACCCGGCAUUAUUAACUUUUGUGGCGGCUACCGUGUGCGGUGUGUGUGUGUGUGUGUGGUGCAAGUGGAGUGGAACAUUUGCCCCCUUCAUUUGCCUUUUGCCCCGUCGCGUGUGUUUUGGUGCGCUGCCGGAGUGAAACACACAUUGCAAGUGCGUGAGAGAGUGAGAUUGAGCCUGCCGAAAUCAAACAGUGGCCAAAAGGGUUGCCAAUCACGCCGAGUUUCGCGAUAGUGGGUCGUGGCGUUUUUCGGUGGCCGCUUACCCCAAACCGAACGCGAUCGCAACUGAAGAUCCGCUUCGCGGAUGAAUUGGGUGUUCCGGGAUAUCAUCGCUUCGCGGACGAGAGGAGCUUUUCCGUCUUAUCCGUUUCGCUGUGUGUGUGCGUGUGAUAAUAAGGAUUGCGUAACCUCUGCUGGCUGCUGACCCGAUCGUGCGCGAAGGAAGGUGCGAAGUCGAGUGGUUGACCCGGCCGAUGAUAACGAAACGGGAAACGACCGCAAAUAAGAAAGUGCCGAAAAACGGCCGCACCCUUGCAAUACGAGGCAGCUGAUCGGAUAAGGGGAGGAAUUUUAGCGCACACACAACACCGGUUCAGAUAAAAGAACCCUUGGCAGUGGGAACUGUACCUUUUUGCAGCUGUUUUGCAGCUGAAGAUCAAUCACAACCAAGGGGGAAAAAGAACACAGCUUAGACGCAAGCAGGCAUGAUGAUGCUGUUCAAGCGCCUUCGUUGCAUCAUCUGCGUUGCGACGGUCCUUUUCGUAGGGCUGACGCCCGUGGUAGCAGCAGCAGGCAGCGCCGAAGAAGAUGGGCGAAACACAAACAAAGUUGUUAACGCGACCGAUGCGCAACCGUUGGCCAGUUGCAACGCAACUUCCGACACGGGAACCACUGGCUGUCCCUUGGCCGUGGGAGCUGCCAGUGGUGUGACACAGCCAUUGAGGGGCAAAUUAAAUAAUGGGACGUGCGUGAGUGCGUACUGCGGGUCGGACGAGAGCAGCAGCAGCAGCGUGGAAGAGAUGGAUGACGAUGUGAUUAACGCCACCAGUGUCGGCAAGGGCGGCCACUCCCAGCAGCAUCGAUCACAUCUGCUACCUUCGACGUUGCUGGGCGCGGACGAGGACGACGCUGCGCUCAUGUACGGUGGCAAGAAGGUGGUGCUGAAGGCGGAAGUGCUCAAGCACACUUCCGUUCUGUACGGGCUGAUCUCGAUCGCGGAGCGGGACGAGUUGUCGGAGCGAUGCUUUCGGGAGCUGCAGCGCGUCUACCAUGGCAUCCAGCAGAAGGAGAUUUGGGCGAUGAAAGUGUUGGACGCAUCCGGCAGCCAGGAGCCAGGCUUCAUGUGGGGACACAACCAUUGGAUCGGUUCGGAAAAGGGCUGCGAAUCGACACGUACGCCCCUGUCGAUCACCCUCUCCGAUCGGUACCGGCGCAACAUGAAGCGCAAUCUCGUUUCGGCCCUGGCGCCGUUCGAGCUGGACUAUCGGAUCGUGUUCGCCAAGCAUCAGUCGGCCUGGCAGGUGGACGUAAAGUUCCAGAGCGAGAACAUUCUCCACAUCGGCGUGUGCAUUCCACGCUCGUGCACCAAUGACGAGUUGCACAAUCUGACCGCACGGUACUUCGACGAGAACCUCGUCCUGGCGCAAGACAUCUACGAGUUCAAGCCGAACGUACUGCACGUGAAGAACACCACGCUCGAUCGGGCCUUCUGGUCGAAGCCGAGCGUUUUCAUCAUCGGAGUCUCGCUUGCCUUCACACUGCUGAUGAUCUACUUGGCGCACAGCAGAGAACAGCGCUUGAUGGAGGAAAAGAACAAUAAUCAUAUGGACGCUGCUGCAGGCGCCUCUCCAGCAGCCGCCCGGGCGGAGGGCGGCAGCGAUCUUGCAGAUGCAAGCACCUUCACCGAGCGUGUGAUCGAUAGUUUCAAUCUGCGCAAGAACCUAAACACCAUCUUCCGCACGGACAGUGGCCCCCAAUCGCUGCCCGUCAUUUGUGGCAUGAAAUCGAUCUGCUGCUUCCUGAUUCUGUGCUUCCACAUGCAGUGGUACACGUUCUACACCGUGCACAACCCGUCGGUGAUGCUGCACUACGCCGAGCAGAUCCGCUUCCAGCUGGUCAGCAAUGCGCCCCUGCUGGUGGACGUGUUCUUCGCGAUCAGUGGCUUUCUGCUCAGCUACAACUUUAUCCGCAACCGGUCCAAAGUGCAAGAGGUCAAGGCGAAUACGGUCUGGGAAAAUGGCAAGCUGUACGGCAAGAUGCUGUUACAUCGCUACCUCCGCCUUUCGCCCAUGUACCUGUUCGUGACGGUGCUGGGUGAGCUGACGCACAGCUACAUCGUGGAGACGUCCAAGUUUUGGGUUCACGAACGUUCCGAUCUCGGCUGUCAGCGGUACUGGUGGCGCAACCUGUUUUACAUCCAGAACCUCUACCCGGUGGACGACUUCUGUCUCACCUGGACCUGGUCGCUGGCGUGCGAGAUGCAAUACUACAUGCUCUUCACCGUGCUACUCUUCGUUUACGCCAAGAGUGCCAAGUUCGGCAAGAAGGUGUUUGGUGCGUUUGCGAUCGGCACGCUGCUCUUCAACAUUGCGCUAACGCUGAACCAUCGCUUCAUUCCGUCGUACGACGUGCUGUACAACACGGGUGAUGCCCUGUACACGGCGCCCUGGUCUCGAGUGUCUCCGUACGUGGUCGGGGUCUACUUUGGAUGGCUGAUGGCGUCCAGCCGCGACAAGUUCACCAUCACACAGAACCAAUACCGAUGGUACUGGCUGUUGGCCUGCUUCUGUGUGAUCUUCAGCAUGCAUUCCACGAUCAAGCGCAACUUCCCGUUCCCGAUUGCCUCGACCGUCAUGGUGGCCGUACGGUGGCUGAUCUCAUGGGCUGCCUGCUGGGUGAUCCUCGCCACCGGAUGCGGUUACUCAAACAUUGUAACGCGUGUGCUUUCUUCCAAAUUCUUCGUCCACAUCAACAAGCUGACGUACGGAAUCUACCUUCUCAACCCGCUGAUUAUCAUCGUCACCUUUGGCGUGUCGGACUCCAGUGUCCACGCCGACCCUAUACCAGCGAUCGUAAUGGCGUUCGGUGUAACGCUGCUUUCCUACUUGGCAGCGAUCGUGUUUUCCGCCUGCUUCGAGAUACCGUACUGUAGGAUCUCGAGCGAGAUCUUAAAGCUCAACCGCAAGGUCCCGCCCACCAUCCCGCAACCGGCUCCGACGAAAGCGACCGAUUCCAACCACCACCACCCACCACCACUGGUCCACCCGGUUUCGAUCGAGAGCGAACGAAAGAUUCAGUGAUGUUCGAGAUGCAGGGAUGCCAGUGUGUGUCUGUGUGAAUGUGUGUAAAUGUUGGGCUUUUAACAGUGAAUACGCUAAGUGGACCCUUUUCCCAGCUGGCAAGGAGGAGAUGGAGACGCUAAGAUUGGAUGGUGGGGGUAGCAUCCCAUGGGGGUGCAUCGUUUCGGACAUGUCUUAAUUCUCCCUCUCCCCCCAUCUUUCCCAUCUUUCUGGCGCACCUCCUCGAGCACGCGGGGGAGAGAGAGCCGUCUCGCGUGGACCUCGGCUCGGUUGGCUCUAAUCCAGCCGUGUGUUAGUUUGUAAGACAGUGCAGCAUGUGAUAUCUCGUCUUUAUCGGUGAUUCUUAUCGGUGCAGAGUAGUAAGGAAGGAAGGAAGGAAGGCAGAAAGGAAGGAAGCAGGAUCUUGCCGUCUCCAAGAGGUGUGUUUACGGGACCAGAUGAGAGAGCUGGUUUUACUAAGCCUACCGUGCGAAUAAAGCUAUUUAUUAAUUUAGUCAUUAAGGGCCAUUGAAGGAAGGUAGGAUUUUUCGCAAUAAAAGACGCAUA